GGCACGGACUGGCAUAAUAAGCGCAGGCGUCUCCAUGACACCGUUCAUUGAGCUUAUUGGAGCGUUCUGCGGAUGCCACGGAACAUCGAGCCAAAUCCCAGGAACACGCUCUGAACCCCAGGAGCUGCACACCACUCUAUUAGGCCCAGGACGGAGAAGGAGGCGUCCUGCUCCUGCCAGCCUUAAGAUGGGAAUUUUAGGGUCUGGACAUCACUGGUGCUCCAGGUCAGCUUUCCUGGUUGCAGAUCUCUCCUGGUCAAGGCUCCCAGCUCGCCUGGAUCCCACAACUGCACAGUGUCCCGCCCAGGAGUGAAGGAUGCCACUCUGGGUGUUCUUUGUGCUCCUCACCCUCACCAGUGGCUCCCACUGCUCACUGCCCCCCUCACCUCCCUUCAGGGUGCGGCGGCAUGCAGACGCCAUCUUCACCAGCAGCUACCGGAGAAUCCUGGGCCAAUUAUAUGCCCGCAAACUGCUGCACGAAAUCAUGAACAGGCAGCAAGGGGAGAGGAACCAGGAACAAAGAUCCAGGUUCAACCGCCAUUUGGACAGAGUGUGGGCAGAGGACAAGCAGAUGGCCCUGGAGAGCAUCUUGCAGGGAUUCCCAAGGAUGAAGCUUUCAGCGGAGGCUUGAGCCCUCGGCCCCCAAACAUAGCUGGACCCUGUUACUUCUACUUCAGUUCUGAUCUUCUCCUUCCUCUGUGAAUACAAUAAAGACCCAUCUCAUCUGCA